UUAAUAAUGACAAAGGCCGACUAAACACUCACACGACAAAGAGCUGGAUGAACAUGACGAUAUUUUUUAACCUAUAAUUUACAUAUCUUCCAUUUUUAUGGUUUAUGAUUUCACGUUUGCAUCGCCAAAUGUGACACGGAGGCUUUUAUACUGGAAAUACUCCAAAGUGAAAGCGUGAGCACUUCCUGUUUAGCAUAACCGGCUCAUCUGUCAAAACAGCAGAACAGGUUUGUUGUCUUCCUUGUUAAAACAUUACAACUGUGUAAUAAUAGCGAAUGUAAAUAUUUAUGAUAUGUCAAAUGCACAAAGUAAAAUAUCUUGAGAUGAACACGGCGGUCUUCUCAAUAUAAUUGGCAAAGUUAUAUUUUGUAUGACGCUGCUUUAUUGGAAGAUUACUUGGUGGCCGCAUUGACAUGUCUAGUUUUUAACAACGUGGGCGCUCUUUUUUGUAAUAUUGACUUAUGGCGAGUAAAAGUGACACUGUAGAAAUUGUGGAAAGUAUUUUGUGAGCGGUAGUCGCUGGUGUUGUCCACAAGGGGGCGGCACAGUUGGGACAGCCAGUCACGUGGGUUCCGGCGACAUGGAGGCGGAGCUUCGUCAGGUGGAGGAGGAGGUGCAGGUGCUGCUGAGCGGCCAGGGGUCGGAGGUGAUGGCGUACGACGACGUGGGCCUGGAGCAGAGCAAGCCCGCCUCGCUGAAGAACAACACCACCUACAUCGUCAGCGCCAUCAUCUUUAACCACAAGGAGGAGGUGCUGAUGGUGCAGGAGGCCAGGAAGGACUGUUACAAGAUGUGGUAUCUUCCGGCCGGGAAGGUGAAGAAGGGCGAGAGCCUGCGGGAGGCGCUGCUGAGGGAGGUGAAGGAGGAGGCGGGGGUGGAGUGCGAGCCAAUCACCCUGCUGCUGAUCGAGGAGCAGGGGCCGCAGUGGAUCCGCUUUAACUUCCUGGCGGCGGUCACAGGCGGGGCCGUCAAGAGUCUGUCGUCGGCCGAUGAGGAGUCUCUCCAGGCCGCCUGGUGGGACCGAAGCACGGCCCUCAAACUGCGAGGGCGGGACAUCCUGAGGCCCAUCGAGUGCGGGCUGAAGUACCACCGGGACCCCUGGCACCCCGUCACCUUGCCGACGGACCAGAGCUGCCGCCACACGGUCCAGAGACUGGUCCUGGUCUUCGUCACCUCCGAAGAGCGGGUCUGGAUCCUGCUGGUCAAAGCCCCGAGGCUCCACCUCCCCGUGGCGGCGGCGGUCAAGACGCACGCCGUCAGCUGGGCGGCCGACGCGGUGGCGCGGGACGCCAUGCCGGCGUGCUACUACGAGCACAAGGUGACCACGCUGGGCGUCCUCGGCCUGCAGCACAACGGGCGCCAGCACGGCAAGACGGACGGCGUGUGCUUCAACGCGCUGGUGGCGUUGAAGCCCGACCGCGCCAAGCGCGACGAGGACGGCGCCGCGCUGCGGCUGCCGUUGCCGUGCCGGCCGCCCGCCGUGGACAACCCUCGCUACGUCUGGCAGGAAGUCCUCCAUGCCAGCCUGCGGGGGAAACUCCUGGAGAAGAUCAGGAAGACGGCCAUCUUGCCGCUGGACAGCCUCUACUGACCCCUGCUGGACGUGCGUCUUUCCCAAGGUGGCUGCUGGUUGAGGGAGCUCCUCAUCUUUUAUGCCCUUUAGUCCGGAUCCUUCUGGGACUGCGUGACAAUGUUAGCGCCGGAGGACGACUGCUGGCUCUCUGACACGCCCAGAGACCGGAGGAGAUGUGGACCAGGGGGCGGGGCCGCACAGCUGGACGAGCGUGUAUCGGACACUUCCGGCUCCCUGGACCACGGGGGUCAAACUCAUUUGAUACAACCCGCUGAUGCCUGCGUCGAUAAAGUCAAGUCUUUGAAAUAUGAUCUUAUUUUGCAGCUUCCACAAAACUUCUUGUAUUUAUCUGCUCUGUCGUCCAUCAAACUGCACGCUAGAAAUGACACAUUUUACUGUAACAUUCUGGCAGACAGUUGUUACCGUAAAAUUUACAGUAGUUUUUACAGCCCAUUACUGUAAAUCAGGGGUGUCCAAAGUGCGGCCCGGGGGCCAUGAGCGGCCCGCAGCUAAUUGUUUACACAUUCUGGAAAUGCUAUUGCAAAAAUUAAAAAAACAUUAAAAAAAAGUGGAAUGUGGUGAAAUCUAACUCGCAAAAGUUGCAAUGUUGACACAAAGUUACCAUGCAGGCUUUUUUUUCCUUUUGUCUAUCUUUUUUCUUUUUUUGCCAUUGCUCAAAAAAAAAAAAAAUCAAUGUUAUAACGAAUUAUUGACCUAUUCAAGGCUCCAAAUAUUUCACUUUAAAAUGUUUUGUGGGAAAUAUUGCAUAUAUUGUGUGGUUGCCAUACAAAAACAUCAACAUUUUAUUUGACAAAAGAGCACAAAACAAACAAAAUAAUAGUCCAAAUGUAAAAUGGAC